AUGGAGGCGCAGCAUAACGCUACGGUGGCAGCUGUCGCCGACAGAGUGAAGCACUUUCACAAGCAACAGAAGCCAUUCCGCAAUUACCAUGGCUCGAGUCUCAGCACGCGGCCAUCAGACCGAAACAAGGACAACAUCGUAGACACCAGCGCGCUCAGCCAUGUUCUCUCCGUUGACAAGGAGAAGAAGACGGCGUCGGUCGAGCCAAACGUCCCGAUGGAUACGCUGGUGGCGGCAACGUUGAAAGAAGGCCUUGUGCCCCAGGUUGUGAUGGAGCUGCCCAGCAUUACGGUCGGCGGCGGCUUUUCCGGGUCCUCGGGCGAGAGCAGCUCGUUCCGCUUUGGCCUGUUCGAGGCCACCAUCAACGGCAUCGAGAUUGUGCUGCCCACUGGAGAAGUGGAGAGGGCCUCAAACUCCGAGAAGCAGGAUUUGUUCUGGGGUGCAGCCUCGGCUUUUGGGACGGUAGGGGUUGUGACCCUGCUCGAGGUCCAGCUCAUGGACGCCAAGAAAUACGUUGCCCUGACCUAUCACCUGUCGAAGGGGUUCGACAACACUCUGGUGAAGAUCAAGGAGGCGACGGAAAAUACGGACAAUGACUACAUCGACGGAAUCGCUUUCACGCCAGAGUCGUCGGUCAUCUGCUGUGGCCGCAUGGUGGAUGAUCUGCCCUCGGGGCAAAAGCCGUGGCGCUUCACGCGCAGAGGUGACCCGUGGUUUUACCUCCGGGCACAAAACGCCCACGACCAGCUUCUGAAAUCUCCGGAGCGCACCCUCACCGAUUACGUGCCACUCUGGGACUACCUCUUCCGCUACGACCGAGGCGGCUUCUGGACGGGCCGGCAGGCCUUUCAGUACUUCAAGGUUCCCUUCAACCGCAUCACCCGCUAUGUCCUCGACCCAUUCAUGUAUACCCGAGUAAUAAACCAGGCCCAAGCCAAAACAGACUUUUCAUACUACUAUAUGAUACAGGACUGUGGCAUACCGUUUCUGAAAUGUAACGAAUUCAAGGCGUGGCUUGAUGCGAACGUCGGCCUGUACCCCAUUUGGCUAUGCCCUCUGAAGGCGCGGAGAGACUCGCCCGGGUCCUGUCAUGGCCUACACGCAAAAAUGGGCCAACGGGACUACUCUGACCUGCUGAACUUUGGUGUGUGGGGGUUGAUAUCAUGGGACCGCCGAGAUGUCCUCAACAAGAACAAGGCGCUGGAAGCCAAGGUCCGGGAGCUGGACGGUUGGAAGACUUUGUACGCUCAUACGUACUAUACCGAGGAGGACUUUUGGUCGGUCUACGAUCGGGACUCGUACGAUGCAGUGCGGGCUAAAUACGGGGCGAACUACCUCCCCAGUGUAUACCAAAAGGUCAGGGUCCAGGUCGAUCUAGACGCCGAGGAGGCGGCGCAACGUGCCUCGGCGAAGGCCAGGUUGAAGACGAGGGUGAAGUCGACUUGGCCCACCCGCGGGCUGUUGGGCGUGUACCAUGCGAUCAAGGGAGAUGAUGUUCUGCUUCAGAAGCAGGAGAAGAAGUCACAAUCACAAAAGACGGCGGCGUAA